UGUAAUAAAUAUGGCAAGUUGUGCAUGGUUCAGUAUUCGCCAUCACCAUGAGGGGAAUCAUCCUAGCACUUUUGCUUGCAAUAGCAGGCUCUGAAAGAACUCAAAUAGAGCCUGUGUUCAGUGAAAGCAAGACAUCUGUCUAUAACUAUGAAGCUGUUAUCUUAAAUGGAUUUCCUGAAAGUGGUUUGUCUCGGGCUGGUAUUAAAAUUAACUGCAAGGUUGAGAUCAGCGCCUAUGCCCAGAGGUCCUACUUUCUAAAGAUUCAGUCUCCAGAAUUAAAGGAGUACAAUGGUGUCUGGCCAAAAGACCCAUUUACUCGAUCCUCAAAACUGACUCAAGCUCUUGCAGAACAGCUCACCAAACCAGCAAGGUUUCAAUACAGUAAUGGCCGUGUUGGAGACAUUUUUGUUUCUGAUGAUGUUUCGGAUACUGUUUUAAAUAUCUAUAGAGGAAUUUUGAAUCUGCUUCAGGUCACCAUAAAGAAAUCUCAGAAUGUGUAUGACCUUCAAGAGCCUAGCAUUGGUGGCAUCUGUCACACGAGAUAUGUGCUUCAAGAAGACAGCAGAGGAGACCGGAUCAGCAUUAUCAAGGCUACAGACUUUAAUAACUGUCAUGAAAAAGUAUUCAAAGGCAUUGGUUUUGAGUUAACUGAAAGCUGUGAGUCCUGUAAACAGUUCCACAGAAACAUACGUGGUACAGCAACUUACACAUAUAAACUGAAGGGCAGAGAUCAGGGUAGUGUUAUCAUGGAAGUCACAGCUCGACAGGUCCUCCAAUUCACUCCAUUUGCUGAACGUAAUGGGGCUGCUACAAUGGAAUCAAGACAAAUACUUGUAUGGACCGGAAGUAAAAGUGGCCCUAUACAUCCUCCUCAGAUUCAGCUUAAGAACCGUGGAAACCUUCACUAUCAAUUUGCAUCAGAACUGCACCAAAUGCCAUUCCAUUUAAUGAAGACGAAGAGCCCAGAAGCUCAGGCAGUGGAAGUCUUGCAGCAUCUGAUGAAGGACACACAGCAGCAAAUACGUGAAGAUACCCCAGUCAAGUUCCUCCAGCUGAUACAGCUUCUGCGUUCAUCAGACUUUGAAGAUCUUCAGGCACUUUGGAAACAGUUUGCACAAAGAACUCAAUACAGGCGCUGGUUACUUGAUGCCAUCCCUAUGGCAGGUACAGUAGAUUGUCUGAAAUUUGUCAAACAACUUAUUCACAACGAGGAACUGAAUCCUUAUGAAGCCGCAGUCACUAUAACCCUUGCAUUGCGUUCUGCUAGGCCAAGCCAGCGAGCCUUCCAGAUCUCCACAGAUUUUGUGCAAGAUUCAAAAGUGCAGAAAUAUUCCACAGUGCACAAAGCUGCUAUCCUUGCCUACGGAACAAUGGUGAAAAAGUACUGUGAUCAGUUAUCAAGCUGCCCUGAGCAGGCGCUAGAGCCUCUUCAUGAUUUAGCUGCUGAAGCUGCUGACAAGGGCCAUGCAGAAAUAAUUGCUCUGGCUCUGAAGGCUCUAGGGAAUGCUGGACAGAGGGAAAGUAUUAAGCGGAUUCAGAAAUUCCUGCCCGGAUUUUCCUCCAGUGCCUAUCAACUUCCUGUCAGAAUUCAGACUGAUGCUGUGAUGGCCCUGAGGAACAUAGCCAAGCAAGACCCACAAAAAGUUCAAGAAAUCCUACUCCAGAUUUUCAUGGACCGCGAUGUUCGCACUGAAGUUCGUAUGAUGGCAUGUUUGGCUUUGUUUGAGACUAAGCCUCAUCUGGCAACAGUGACCACCAUUGCAAAUGUGGCAGCAAGAGAGAGCAAAACCAACCUUCAGCUUGCAAGCUUCACCUACUCCCAACUGAAGGCACUGGCAAAAAGCAGUGUACCUCACCUGGAACCACUGGCGGCGGCAUGCAGUGUUGCUCUUAAGAUUUUAAACCCAAGCCUUGACAACCUGGGAUACAGAUACAGCAAAGUAAUGCGGGUAGAUACUUUCAAAUACAAUCUAAUGGCUGGUGGUGCUGCUAAAGUGUACGUUAUGAACAGUGCCAACACAAUGUUCCCAGUUUUCAUUCUCGCUAAAUUCCGAGAGUAUCUGGCUGGAGUGGAGAGUGAUAUCCUAGAGAUUGGUAUAAGGGGAGAAGGAAUAGAAGAAAUUCUUAGAAAACAAAACAUUCAAUUUGCUGAUUUCCCCAUGCGCAAGAAAAUCUCUCAGAUUUUGAAAACUCUGCUGGGAUUUAAGGGGCUGCCUUCCCAGAUGCCUCUGAUAUCUGGCUAUGUCAAAGUUCUAGGCCAAGAAAUUGCCUUCACUGAAGUCAAUAAAGAAGUCAUUCAAAAUAUUAUUCGGGCACUGAAUGAGCCAGCAGAGAGACACACUAUGAUUAGAAAUAUUCUGAACAAGUUUCUCGGUGGCGUUGCUGGACAUUAUUCUCAAGCCCUUAUGACUGGGGAGUAUCGAUACCUCAUUCCAACUACUGUAGGUUUGCCAGCUGAGUUCAGUUUAUACCAUUCUGCCAUCGUCAAUGCAGCUGUCAACAGCGACAUCAAAGUUAAACCCAGUCCAUCUAAAGAUUUUAGUGUAGCCCAGCUUAUGGAAUCCCAAAUCCAACUCAAUGCAGAUGUGAACCCAAGCUUUAUGUUUUACAAAGUGGGAACAAUGGGAAUAAACAGUCGCCUAAUCCAGGCAGGGUUUGAAUUCCAUGGCAAAGUGCAUGCACGUCUACCAGCAAAAUUCACUGCCUAUCUGGAUAUGAAAGACAGAAACUUUAAAAUAGAAACACCUCCAUGUCAACAAGAAAACCACCUGGUAGAAUUAAGAGCACAGACAUUUGCUGUCACGAGAAAUAUAGAGGAUCUAGAUGCAGCCAGAAAAAACCUUGUGUUGCCUAGAAACAGUGAACAGAAUAUUCUGAAGAAACAGUUUCAGUCAACUGGAAGAUCUUCUGCAGAAGGAGCAAGCAUGAUGGAGGACUCUUCAGAAAUGGGACCCAGGAAGUAUUCUACAGAACCUGGACAUCCCCAAUUUGCACCUAAUAUCAACUCAUACGAUGCCUGCACUAAACUCUCUAAAGCUGGAGUUCAUUUCUGUAUCCAGUGCAAAACCCACAAUGCUGCAUCUCAUAGAAAUACAUUCCUUUACCACAUUAUUGGGGAACAUGAAUUCAAACUCACAAUGAAGCCAGCCCACACUGAAGGAGCAAUUGAAAAACUACAGCUGGAAAUAGCAGCUGGGCCUAAAGCAGCUUCAAAAUUAAUGGGUUUGAUAGAAGUUGAGGAAACAGAAGGGGAAAAGAUGGGUGACUCUGCAGUUCAAAAACGGUUGAAAUUGAUCCUUGGAAUAGAUGAUAGUGUUAUGAACACAAAUGAAACUGCAGUGCUACGCUCAAAAAAAAGUAAAAAAGAACGUAAAGAACAUAAGAGACCACAUGAUGCAGAAGUUGUAGAAGCUAAAAGACAACAAUCAUCAUCAUCUAGCUCCUCUUCACCUUCUUCAUCAUCUUCUUCAUCAUCAUCUUCCUCAUCAUCUUCUUCAUCCUCAUCAUCCUCCUCUUCAUCUUCCUCAUCUUCUUAUAGGGAUAGACCUAACAGAAGAAGGCAAAAAUCCGGACAGCAAGGGGAGUCCAGCAGCAGUAGCAGUCAGAAGCAGGACAAACAUAAGCCACAAGAGAAUAGAAAACAUGGUCAAAAGGCACAGAGUAGCAGCAGUAGCAGCAGUAGUAGCAGUAGCAGCAGUAGUAGCAGUAGUAGCAGUAGCAGCAGCAGAAGUAGUAGCAGCAGUAGCAGUGAAAGCAGCCCCUCCAGGAGCCACAAUAAACAGCAUGAAAAUGAACAAAGAAAGAAACAGCCCAAGCAGAACCAACAGAACCAACAGAACAAGAAUAAAUAUGGCAGCAGUAGCAGCAGUAGUGGUAGUAGUAGUAGCAGCAGCAGCAGUGAAAUGUGGACCAAGAAAAAGCAUCAUCGACACUUCUAUGACCUCCAUUUCAGAAGAGCAGCCAGAACGAAAGACAAAAAACAAAGAGGAUCACAAUGGUCAUCUUCUUCUGAAAGCUCUUCUUCAAGCAGUGAGAGUGCAAACACAAACAGGCGAAAAACAAACUUCUUGGGUGACAAAGAGUCCCCAGUAUUUGUUGCUACUUUUAGAGCUGUACUAAAUGAUAACACCAAGCAAGGAUACCAGAUGGUUGUCUAUCAAGAUCAACAUUCUUCUAAGCAGCAAAUUCAGGCUUAUGUCAUGGACAUCUCCAAAUCUAGAUGGGCAACAUGUCUUAAUGCUGUUGUAAAUAACCAAUAUGAAGCUCAGGCAAGUCUUAAAUGGGGUCAAAACUGCCAAGAUUACAAGAUCAAUUUCAAAGCUCAAACGGGUAAUUUUGGAAAUCAACCAGCACUUAAAGUAACUGCUAACUGGCCUAAAAUUCCAUCAAAAUUGAAGUCAACAGGCAAAUAUGUUGCUGAAUAUGUCCCUGGAGCAAUGUAUAUGAUGGGAUUCCAAGGCGAAUACAAAAGGAACUCUCAACGUCAAGUGAAACUUGUCUUUGCUCUUUCUUCUCCCAGAACAUGUGACGUUGUAAUCCAAACACCCAGGGUUACAGUGUACUAUAGGGCCUUGAGGCUCCCUGUGCCAAUUCCUGUCGGACAUCAUACAAAAGAAAAUGUAUUACAGACCCCAACAUGGAAUAUAUUUGCUGAGGCUCCUCAAAUAAUCAUGGACUCUCUACAAGGUGAAUGCAAGGUUGCUCAAGAUCAAAUCACAACCUUCAAUGGUGUAGAUUUGGUUUCUGCUUUGCCUGAAAACUGCUACCAUGUCCUGGCCCAAGACUGCAGCCCUGAGAUGAAAUUUAUGGUUUUGAUGAGAAACUCAAAAGAGUCUCCUAAUCACAAGGCUAUUAAUGUCAAGCUUGGAACAUAUGAUAUAGAUAUGCACUACUCAUCAGAAAUGCUUAAGAUGAAGAUCAAUGGCAUAGAACUAUCAGAAGAACGCCUUCCAUACAAAUCAUUUGAAGACCCUACUGUUGAGCUAAAGAAGAAAGGGAAUGGCGUGUCAUUAUCUGCUCCAGAAUAUGGGAUUAAUUCACUUGAUUAUGAUGGACUGACAUUCAAGUUGAAAGCAGCGAUAUGGAUGAAAGGCAAGACUUGUGGAAUCUGUGGACACAAUGAUGAUGAAAAUGAAAAGGAACUUCAGAUGCCAGAUGGUUCUGUGGCCAAAGGUCCAAUGAGCUUUAUUCAUUCAUGGAUUCUUCCUGCAGAGUCCUGCUCUGAAGGUUGCAACCUUAAGCGUUCUCUUGUGCAACUGGAGAAAGAGAUUGAUGGAGCAAUGGCCAAGUGCUAUUCUGUUCAGCCUGUUUUACGUUGUGCCAAAGGUUGUUCUCCACUUAAGACUGAAAAAGUGUCUACUGGUUUCCACUGCCUCCCCACUGAUGCAUCUCUAGAUCUUCCUACAAGUCAAACAAGACUGGAAAAAUCUGAAGAUUUCUCUGAAAGUGUUGACGCCCACACAGCCUGCUCAUGUGAAACAUCCCAGUGUGCAGCAUAGAUAGCUCCGAUUUCACAUGUUAUGUGUUACUUUCAUUAUUCUUAAUGAAUUCUAUUAAAGAAUAACCUGUAAAUGAACAGUACCAGCAGUGUGAAUCUGCAAUUCAUUAAUUAGUUGGCAUAUUCUAAUGUAUGUUAAUUCUAAUAAAAGUGUGCAUUUGAAAUCA